GGAAAUUCCAGUGCGCGCGCUGGGGCCGGAGCUCCGAGCUCCUUCCGGGAGACCCUUGGACCACCCGGGCCGGUGCGUGCAGCCACCACCUCCCGCCGCAGGUGACAAGGAGGGGGUUCAGAUUACGUGCCUCCUGGGAGCGGAGCCACCUCCGGGCCAGGGCCUCCCCGCAGCUGCCCUCCCCAGCACCUCUGUGCGGUGUUCCUUAAACAGGCCGAGCUGCACUGCCCACCUUCAGACACUCACCAGAGCGCACUGGCAGGCACCCUGGAUGAGGAGAGGCGGGAGGCUUCAAGAGUCAAGCAACAUCAUUCACUAUGCACCCUUUUGGCUCCACUGGUAUCUCACCUCUCUCCCAAUCUGAACUGAGGUUUGACUGAUGCUAAGGAGGACAAGUCUGGACAGGGCAUUGGAGAUGACUUACAGCGUGUGACUGGCUACUGCUCCCAGAGUGGAGCACAGGAAUUGAGAACUGUCCACUCUCCCAAGUCUUGCGGCUCCUGGAUAAAUAUUGGCAUUCCGUGGGCCUCCUCAGGGAAGCUCGGAUCUCUGAGGCAAUUCCAGCCUAUACCUGCUGAGCCAGACAAGCAUCCCUGGAGAUUAUUAGGCUGGUCUGGACGAUGCCCAGCCUGGGAACGGCAGCUGCAUGCGAGGACUGCGCUCUGUUCUCUCGCGGCUGGGCCCAGGACUCUUCAGCACCACAGGUUGGACAGCACCUCCGUAGCCGGGUGGGGCGGUUCUUCUCCUUUCAGCCAGAAUUAAGCCGCAUUUAGAGACCUUGGCGAUUUGUGGCGCACGUGGCGCAUGUUUCCUUACAGGUUGGGAUCCCCUACGUGUCCGGGAUGAGGUGCAGGGCUGCGUUAAAGUGCGACUCGGGCUGUAGGUAACGGCCUACCUCCUGCUCUGGCCGCUCAAGACGGCCACAACCCGCCUGUCGGGACUUAUCUCUGACCAGUCCAUGGCCCAAGACUCCUGGACUCAGAAUCCUUUAAGUUGGGUCUGCAUGGCUUAGCAAAUCUUAUUCUGGGAUCCGCUCCCUUGUGCAGAGGUCACUCUGGAGGUCACUGGUCUCGGCCCUGCUCAGUCUCCCCACCUCCACCCCCAGGAAAGGCACUCGAUCGGCUUCUCCCCGUGGCCCCAGUGCCUGCUCAGUGCCAGGCACACAGUAAAAGCAGCUCCAUAACUGUUUCUCAGGGGACGAGCCUCGUCUUUCCUUCCUCAGCGAGGAUGGCCUGGGCUAGAGCGCAGGGCAAGAGGGCAGGUUUCUGCACGAAGCAAGGCUGGUGGCGCUGAGAGGCGUGUAACAGGACCCGGCCCGCGGUGCUGAUCUGCCCUGUCCAGAGCCCGGACUGACGCGGGCGCUUCCAGGAUGUGCCGGGUUCCUGCCGCGAAGGCCGCCCUUUCUUCGCCACCACGCACUGAACCGAUGGGCCACAGGCUCAGGGGAUUGUGUGGGACUGUGGUCCUCCACGGUGCUUCUCUGCUCCCAGCUGGAGCGGCAAGAAGUUGUGGAUUUAUUCAGCUGAGGGCUCUGAAACUAAAGUGAAAUAAAGAAGAAAUAAGAAAGAAAGAGCGGGAGGGAGAAACAGAAAAAAAAAAAUACUUUCAGAAGGCGCAGACAAAUCAGACCCCCUUCCGUUCCCCGAGUGCGCGUCUUGCACUGAGCCUGCGAUGGAAGGUGAGGGCUGCCCGGCCGCCAGACAGUUUCAGCUCCUGCUGCCGCUGAAAAGUGCAGGUGUUUCUCCAAGUUAUAGCUUGUUGAAGGGUUGUUUUUAAAAGUAAUUUCUGACUUCUGUGCUGACGUUAGAAUUUAACCUUUAUGAAGAAAUCCAGUGGCUGGACUUCUCAUUUACUAGAAGUAAGCAAAUGACGUGUGCGGGAGACCCCCGUUCCCGUGCACGAUUCAGAAAGUCCAAGCCAGAAGACAAAGGACAUUUACACGCGGGGCAAUAGAACUGGAGAGUGACCACGACCUGCUCCAAGUCACACCGCCGCGUAGGGACGGCUAAACGACGAGUCCUUCAACAACGUGACCCAAUCGAGGAAAACGUCUGCAUGCAGUUACUAGAUGCACAUCGAGUAUAUCGACUAUCUACUUAUCAGUCCUGGCACAAGGAGCGGAGCGAUCCGUUGCUUUUGACUACUUGUAAGUGCAGCGCGCUGAUUGGUUCUGGUUAAGGAGACGGAAGGGAAGGCGUGCACGUGGGACCCCUGGCGAGAGCAGCGCGCACCAGGAGUGGCAGGAAAAUCCGCCGAUUUAUCAUGGCAUCGCUCAGUGGUAGCUCCUUGGUCUGCGUGAUCUGUUUGGAGAAACCCAAAUAUCGCUGCCCCGCCUGCCGCGUGCCCUACUGCUCCUUGACCUGUUCCCGGAAGCACAAAGAGCAGUGCAAUCCUGAAACUCGUCCUGCUGAGAAAAAAAUAGGAUCAGCUGUUACUGCAAAAACUGUAAAUCCUGUGGAAAACAAAGAUGAUGACGAUGCCUCUAUAGCUGAUUUUCUCAAUAGCGAUGAGGAAGAGGACAGGGUUUCUUUGCAGAAUUUAAAAAAGUUAGGGGAAUCUGCAGAAUUAAGAAGCCUGCUGCUCAAUCCGCACCUUAGACAGUUGAUGGUCAGCCUCGAUCAGGGGGAAAACAAGGCCAAGCUCAUGAGAGCCUGCAUGCAGGAGCCCUUGUUUGUGGAGUUCGCUGACUGCUGUUUAAGGAUUGUGGAACCGUCCCAGAAUGAGGAUUCUUAAAGUGGACUGUCAUGCUGCUUGAUCAAGCGUGUGCUGGACCCUCAGAACCUGCUCGCUCCUUCUCCCAGGAGACCAGCUCACUGGGCCCUAGGCAAGGGCAGUGGGGUCCAGCACGCAGAGGGCUGACUAGGGCAGGUCGUGGAAGUCUUGGCCUCCAGUGCUGCAGGCUGGGGUCGGGCAGGUGGGGCCAGUCAAGGCGGCAGACAUUCAAGUGGUGGUUUUCAAGUUAUUU